AUGAAGGUGAAGUUAGCCCAGCUAGAUGAUUAUGGGACAAAAAGACCAGGACGGGUGGGGUCAGCCACCAGAUCCCUGAAUCCAUGUGUAGUUUGCUUUUUUGUGGUAGCUGGAGUGGUGAUCCUGGCAGUGACCAUCGGUCUCCUGGUCUACUUUUUAUCAUUUGAUCGGAAACCAUACCUUUACCAAAGUAAUCUUCAAAUCACAAAUGUAGAAUACACAAAGCAUUUGGAUUCACCAGCUUCGCAAGAAUAUAGAGCUUUAAGUAAAAACAUUGAAAAUUUGAUGAAUAGUACCUUCAAAGCAUCAAAUUUAGGAAGACAAUUCAUCAGAGCUCAUGUUGUAAGCAUUCGGCCGGGUGACCCUGGUGUGAUUGCAGCUGUUCUCCUGAAGUUUCAAUUCACAAGAAGGAUCAGGGGAUCAUCAAUGAAAAGCAGGAUCGAUCAGAUUUUAAGGCAGCUACAGAAUAAUGCUGGGACUAUGACAAUCGAUAUUUUGCCUGCGGAUGUUCAACCUAUUCCUCCUGAGGUUGCACAAGAAAUUUUCAUCAACGAAUGUGGGUCUCGCCCUGACCUUAUGUCAUUGUCCUAUGAAAGAAUCAUAGAAGGAACACAAGCCAAAGCGGGAGACUGGCCGUGGCAAGCAAGCCUUCAGCUCAACAAUAUUCACCACUGUGGAGCUAUCCUCAUUAGCAACACCUGGCUCCUGACUGCUGCUCACUGCUUUCGAAAUGUCCGUGACCCACGCCGAUGGAGUAUUAGCUUUGGAUAUUCCCUAAGUUCACCAGAAAAAAGAGCAAAUGUGAAGAGGAUUAUAAUACAUCCUAAUUAUAUAUCAGCAACUCAUGAAAAUGACAUUGCAUUAGUGGAGCUGAGUAAUAGCGUCACCUUUACCAAGAGCAUCCAUCGAAUCUGUCUCCCAGAGGCCAAUCAGAAUAUCCCUGUGGGGAGCAGUGUUUACGUGAUAGGAUGGGGAUCCCAUAGACUUGGUGGUUCAAGUGUAAAUAUUCUUGAGCAAGGUGGAGUUGAAAUCAUAAGCAAUAAUGACUGUAAUUCAUUAGAACAAUAUAAUGGACUGGUGAGACCCGGUAUGAUAUGUGCUGGAAAACCUGGAGGUGGCAUUGAUGCUUGUCAGGGAGAUUCUGGUGGACCAUUAGCGAUGGCUGACUCAAGACAGAUCUGGUCAGUUUGGGGAAUAGUGAGUUGGGGAUAUGAAUGUGGCCUGCCCAACAAACCUGGAAUCUAUACUUAUGUGCCCUUCUAUCGUGACUGGAUAACUCAACAGACUGGAAUCUAGUACAAUAACCUGCUUUCUCCUGUAAAUGUUGUAUGCAAGGUGUGUCUGUCUGAAAUGUCAAAGCCUUUUCCACUCAUUUUUGGUCAUUAUCUUAACAUGGUGCUUUUAUGAAUUCAUCAAAGAUUUUUACAAAAUAUCUCUUCAUUAAAAUACUCCUUUUAGGGGAUGGAUUUUUUUUAACCCAAAAGGUCUUUCUAAUGUUGCUUUUGUAGGACUUUCUGUUUUCUAAAUUGAUCAGAUUGUAUUGUCAUUUCUACUUAGUCUUUUCAUUUCUGUUUAUCCAAGAAGACUGCAGUUCUUUCUUUAUAGGGAAAGCUCUGCAGUGUUGUGAAAACCGUACUGGCAGACCUUAGUUUAAAUCCAAGGUCUCCACCUGCUGCCUGUGUGACCUUGAGCAUGUCAGCUAAUCACUUGGAAGUUUGGCAGUUUGUAAAUGAGAAGAUACCAGGUGUAAAUCUCAGGUCCUAUAACUGCAACUUUAUGAGUUUUCUGUUGCCCAAAUAUAAAGUCUUUCUAAGCAUUAUUCAGAUUAACCUUCAUAUCAUUCUUUCAUUUCCUACUAACAGAACAUAGUAGUAAAUAGAAAUUUGUUUCUGGAAUUUACCAAAUGUUACUUAAAAGUACUAAUCCAGGGGUAAUUGAAUGUACUUAUUUUUACAAUAUUUUAUAUCAUAAUAACCAAAAGAGUGUGUUUUAGUAACUAGAAAAGAAAUUUGAUGUUUAUUUUGGCACAAUCAUGUAUUUUUCC